UCUCGACCACCGUAGCGCGAGGAGCUGGAAUCAGACAGGUCAGAUCUCGGAUGGGAGCUCUGGACUCUCACUUGGACAGAAGCAAGCGUGUAUAGCAGCGUCGUGGAAACGAGGAGCGGUCCUGACUCUCUGGAAAUGGACCACCGGUAGCACAGUCAACACACAUGAUCCGGAAUCAUUUGAGCUCCCUCUGAUUUAGAAAGUCAUCCCAAAUAUAUAUAUUUUUAAGAUUUUGUUUUUGUUUUUUUGGAGAGCCUUUUUUUUGCCGGGCAAAAGGUUCGGCAUUGCCCUGUCUUGGAGCCAUGGGCUGCACGGUGAGUGCCGAGGACAAGGCGGCCGCGGAGAGGUCUAAAAUGAUCGAUAAGAACCUCCGAGAAGAUGGGGAGAAGGCGGCCAGGGAAGUCAAGCUGCUCCUAUUAGGUGCUGGUGAAUCUGGAAAAAGCACCAUCGUAAAGCAGAUGAAGAUUAUCCACGAAGAUGGCUAUUCGGAAGAUGAGUGUAAGCAAUACAGAGCUGUGGUUUACAGUAACACCAUCCAGUCCAUCAUGGCCAUUGUUAAAGCCAUGGUCAGCCUCAAGAUAGACUACAGCAACCCUGGCAGAAUGGACGACGCUCAGCAGCUGUUUGCCUUGUCUGCCGCCGCCGAGGAGCAGGGCAUGCUACCUGAUGACCUUGCCAACGUUAUCCGACGACUGUGGGCUGACAGUGGCAUACAGAGCUGCUUCACACGCUCACGGGAAUACCAGCUCAACGACUCAGCGGCAUAUUACCUGAACGAUCUGGAAAGGAUAGCAAAAGCAGAUUACAUCCCCACCCAGCAAGAUGUGCUGCGAACUCGUGUCAAGACCACUGGCAUCGUGGAAACUCACUUCACGUUUAAAGAGCUGCACUUCAAGAUGUUCGACGUGGGAGGCCAGCGGUCCGAAAGAAAGAAAUGGAUCCACUGUUUCGAAGGCGUCACAGCUAUUAUCUUCUGCGUUGCUCUCAGUGCAUACGACCUGGUCCUGGCCGAGGAUGAGGAGAUGAAUCGCAUGCAUGAAAGCAUGAAGCUUUUCGAUUCCAUCUGCAACAAUAAGUGGUUCACCGAGACCUCCAUCAUUCUCUUCCUCAACAAGAAGGACCUCUUUGAGGAAAAGAUCACCCGGAGCCCCCUUGCCAUCUGCUUCCCUGAAUACACAGGGGCCAACAAGUUUGACGAAGCAGCCAGUUACAUUCAGACCAAGUUUGAGGACCUAAACAAGAAGAAGGACACCAAGGAAAUCUACACCCACUUCACGUGUGCUACCGACACCAAGAACGUGCAGUUUGUCUUCGACGCGGUCACUGAUGUCAUCAUCAAGAACAACCUGAAGGACUGUGGGCUUUUCUGAAGGACGGUGGUGUCUGCACACUGCAUGAGACACUGCUUCAGCCAUGUGAUGAUUACUGCUUUUCAUAAUGAAAACCAUGACAGACAUGAUUCCUGAAAGAGGGGAAACCUUGAAAGAACUUCAACAAUCAAUAUUUUGUUGUCACCUCCCCUUCUGUGUAUUGUUGGUUCUGUAUACAAAGUUGUCACACCUCUCCUCUCUUUUACAGUUCAAACCCCCUUUAUGAAUGUUUUAACGCCAUCGUUGAAUCAGAAUAGUUUAGCAAUCACUUGUGGAAAAGUUAGUAGGCUUUAAGUGAUUUUUUUAAGCAACGAACAUGCACAAAGAAUACAGAAUUUCUCCUCCAUCAAGAGAAUGAUUGAAGUUGCCACUCACCGAUUACUUGUUUUACAAUGUUCAGUUUGCCUUGAGAUUUAUUAAAAGACAGUAUGAAACAAUAUUUUAUAUUACAUCAGUCAUGUUAAAAACUAACUGUUUAGGCACAUAUGGGGAAUGUGAAUAAAAAAAUAGUUUUUGUACAACAUUUACAAUCAAUUAUGAUCACAGUAUUCUUCUGCAUGUCAUUCCAUUAAGUAGCCUGUGCCCACUCCCACUGUCUAUUUCUGUCUAUUACAUCUGUACCACUUGUUUAAUGCACUCAAUACAAUCUGUGAGGUUUUAAAUGAUAUAUGUUGCUAACCUUCUGUGGAUUGUUGUGUACAUUUUAUUUCGUUCCAAGUCUAUGGUUUUAACUUUGUUUGUGCCUUGAUUUCUGUUUACAUGUGUAUUUUCACAUUUGUUCUUCACGGUGUCAAUUAGGGCUAUUUCUACUCUGUAUUCAUGGCGGAUGAUGCAUCCAUCAAGACUUAAGAUGCAGCACUUGUUUGUUGAUGUUAACGCGGCAAAUCAAGUCACUUGGUAAAUGUAAAUAAUAAAAGUUUGGUCAUGUGAGCUUCAACGCUACUGUGUUUUAGUUGUAUUGCGUUCAUUUUGUCAACACUUAUAUAUUAGUCAAAUUUCUCUUUUAUCCCAGACAAUAGUUAUAGGUGGUUUAAAUACCUGACAUGUUUCGGCGAACACUUCCGCCUUCAUCAGAGAGUCACUGGUGGUGGUGUGACGUGUCUUUAUCAGCUGAUGGACUGUGUUUUAUCAUCUUUCUAUAUAAACCACUACAAAAACAAUAAUGAAUCUUGCUAUGUCCACACAUACAGUAUGUAAUGAUGAGUUAAAAAUAAUAAUUUUUAAAAUCAGUAUCCAGCAUUCCACCAAUUUAUUUAAAAUGUCUUUGAUACGCUUGUUGUCAUUCGAUUAUGCAGGCACAUUUACUGUAAUAUUGAGGCUUG